AUGGAGAACACUGAAGCUGCACCGGCUGCGCAACCCCCACCGCCUGCCCAGGCUGACGAGGCUGACAGCUUGACCGUGGAGGGCUCCGAUGUCUCCAGUCUCGAGGAGUGCGAUCCCCACGUCGUGACCCGCUUGAUACAGUGCAAGAAUUGCUCCCGCCCACUCCAUACACCCGUGCGAUUGCCAUGUGGAAACACUGUAUGCCGUUCAUGCUUGCCGCCCGCCAGACCCCGCAUGGGCAUCACAUACCCAGCGGCCGAGGGUCGUGCAGAGGAAUUCACGUGUUAUUGGAAGGGAACAAUUCAAUGCGCCGGAGAGCAUUGCGUUGAUGACUGCGGAAUAGAUGUCGUGCUGUGCAAUAUGACCGAUGUGUUCCAAGAGGAGCUAGGAUUUCCAGAUUCCGACACGGAAGCUGUCGAACCUCGGCAGAGUGGCCAGGGUCGAACUGUGCGCUGGAAAGUCGGUCGCAAGGAUACCAAGAAGCCUGAAGCUCAUGUUGCUGAGGUUGGUAACCAUGGAUGGCUUCGGGGGCUGUAUUUAUUGGCCUGGGAAGGCCGUUUCCCCUACGAUGCCUUCGAGAUCACAUAUGAAGCGCCCGACGAACCCAGCCAAGGUACCGAAGACCACUACAAACUACAGAAUAUCUCUCUCUUCAAAAAAGUCCGCAAUCGACUCCGCUCCGAAUUGGAUUGUCAAGUUUGCUACACUCUUAUCUUGGACCCUUUGACAACACCUUGCGGCCACACCUUCUGCCGAAAGUGCAUUGCGCGUGCAUUGAACCAUACGGACCUUUGUCCAGUGUGUCGGCGCAAGGUUGGUAUGCCGUCUGCCAUGGAGUCUGAACCACUGAACCGCACACUUGCAAAUUUGAUCGAGCUUUUCUUCCAUGAUCAACUUGCUGAUCGACGGGAAGUUGACGCCCAGGACGAACUGUGGACGGAUCACGAGAAGAACCUGCCUCUUUUUGUCUGCACGCUGUCGUUCCCUACCAUGCCGAAUUUUUUGCAUAUCUUUGAGCCUCGCUAUCGACUGAUGAUCCGACGCGUCGUUGAUAACGGAGAUGGCAAGUUUGGUAUGGUCAUGUACAAUCGACGAGGCCAGUCUCAGGGCGAAGGUUUGGGGAGUGUGCCGUUUAUGCAGUAUGGAACCCUGCUGGUUAUCGAACGCUAUGAACUCCUUCCAGACGGACGUAGUCUGGUGAUUGCGACCGGCAUGUCCCGCUUCAAAGUUCUGGAGGCGAGUGAACUGGAUGGCUAUCAUGUUGCUUGCACCGAGCGUGUCAACGACAUCAAUCUCGCCGAGGAAGAAAGGCUGGAGGCAACCGAAACUGCGGCCGCCGCAAUCCCAGAUCCGUCUUUGGGGCCGAAUGCCGAGCCACCUUUGGAUUCAAUGUCGACUCAGGAGCUAUUUACUUUCCUCCGGGAAUACGUUCGCAAGCAACAUUAUGCAGGCGCGCCCUGGCUACAUCCACGAGUCAUGCUGGCAUACGGGCCUGUACCGAGGGAUGCCGCCCGGUUCCCUUGGUGGUUUGCUAGCAUUAUACCUAUCUCCGAGGAGGAGAAAUAUCCCAUCCUCUCCGCCCGAAGUGUCAGAGAGAGACUGAAGAUCUCGGCACGAUGGGCAAGAGAGUUAAAGGCUCGAGACUGGUAUUUCCAAAUCGAACAUACGUACUAUAUCGCAAUACUUUGA